ACUAAGGCGAGGUAAAAAUAGACUGUAGUGUUGCACACCUCUCUGACUUCACACCAUGAUACUCUGCAGCCUGAGAGCUUUUGUUUCAGACAGAUAACACGUUUUAAUCCAGACGGCUGGAAUAUGACAGGUAGGAACUUUUCAAACUCUAAAUUACACUCAAGAUUUUGAGCUAAAGUUAAUAACCAUAGUUUUUAUUUUGGUUAAAAAAAAAACUUGACAUAAUUUUUUUUUAAUCGCAGCUUUUACUAGAAAAAUAGGAAAAGAUUGUUCCUUUAAAAUCAUGCUAGAAUAUGGCAGAACAAAGGGGACUAACAAACAUCUAAGGAUUAUGACUACAGUAUAUUUAUAUAUGUGAGUGUGUGAGUGUGUGUGUGUGCGUAUCUCGCAGCAUCUCUGUUGAUUUCAGAUUAGUAUUUACACAUUAACUUGUUUUUAUGUCAUAAAAUGCCCACUUAUUAAGCAUGUGAACCAUUUCACUUUAAAACCAUUUGAGCUUGAGGGAAAUAUUAUCAGUGAAACAGUAAUAAAAAAGUUAUUUCAGAAUCAAAAUCCUAUCCCAUACCACUUUCCUUUCAGUAAACCCACAGAUUUCAGUCUGUAGUAGGUAAUUAUAUAAAAAGGCUGUCGUAUUUUUAAUUGUUGUCAUUUUCUUCUCAUUUAAAAUCAUAAAAGUCGGUAAUCAGUGUUGUUCAAACCUUUGAUUUCAUUGCUGUUUGUCUUCAACACGAAGACGAUGACGCAUUUGAAAUAGUUCCUUUUUUUCCGUUUGUUAGUGCGAUGUAAAAGGGAAAUUCCAAACAGAGAUGGUUGAAAAAAUGUUCAUUGUCCACUUUUUCUUCCAUCUGAAAACUUUAGAAGCUUUAUAACAAAACUAACAGAUAUCUUAAGGUUUGCGCUGCUAAAAGUGGUCCUCUUUAUUUGCUGUUCCAGACUGUUACAUUGAGCUGAUAGGUCUGGUGAUACUCUCUCUGACCUUGUUGAUUUCACUGGGCCUCAACAUCUUCUUCUGCUUGAAACAAAAAGCCAACCUGUGCAAAGGUACUGUUAUUAUUUGUAGCAUUUCAUUUCGCCUUCAUUAAAAUAUAAUCAUCAUUUAUUCUGAAUCAUCUCUUACUGAUUACGUGUUGUGUGCAAACAGACACGGACGGGUGCUGCCUCCCAGGCAUUAAUGAAGAACAAAGGUAUGCCUUUUCUUAUUUAGCCCUAAAUGUGGCUUGUACCCCUUGUAUCACUGGUUACAGCUUGAUUUUAAAACUACAUUUAUUUAUAAAUGCUAGUAACUUUAAAUCAAAUUUCCUCUGAUUUACAAAUGUAGCUUUUAUUGUGAAAUCUUAUAUAAAUGUCCCUCCACAUCUUAAAGGCUAUCACUGGAUGAAGGGCAUUAUUUUCAAAACGCCAACCAUCGAGAGCAGCAGGAGGAAAAUCCCCACAACCAUCUUGAGCACCAAGAAAACCCAAUCUAUGGAAACAUCAGCACAGACAGACAAGGUGAGCUCAGGCUUGCAUCCUGCCACCUUCAAAUAUUAAAAAAAAUAACAACAGGAAAUCUCUGUCUGGUUUGCUUUAAAAAAACGUCUCGUGCAUGGUUUUUCUACAGUUGUUUUUCACACUAAUUUUGACAUGACUCUCAUUUUUGUAGGCGGUUUAUUUUUACAUAUUCUGUACUCCAAAUUUAAGAAACAUUCAAAAAGUAAAAGAAAAAAUAUUUGAGGUAAUUUGAAUAUGAAAGAUAGAUGAAUAAAAGCAUUUUGAUAAAACUUUUUUUUUUAAUAUUGCUUUUACUAUUUGUUUUAUUUAUCAUCCUUAACUCCCCUCAUUUAAACUUACGUUUCCCAGUAUUUAGGAUUAUUAUUUACUGUCAUAAAGAAGCCUUUAACAGUGUGUUGUCUUUUCUGUACUUAUUUAUUUAACAAAUGUUUGCCUACUGCAGCUUUUAGAAAACAAAUCAUGUUUUUUUUUGUUCAGGCCCUGAAGAGGUUUGUUAUGAGAUGAUGACCAUGCAGCCCACAAGAGAUCGUAUUAAGGUAAGUGCGGUGACUGUGUGUUGAGACCUGCAGUGAUACAACUUCUUUCAUCGGCUUUAUGUUUUUGUAAAUAUAGUUAUUGCAUCGCUCAAUAGAUGAUCAAUCUAAAGUUGAAUCCUGCAUCACAUUUCAAAAAAAGUUCGGACAGAGGGAUAGUCGUUAUUGUGAUACAUCAACUCUUUUUUAAAGAAACUCUCUCUUUUAAAGCUGAAAAAAAAAAAACCUCCAGGAGGCCCCAUUCCUGCCUGAUUUAACAUAACAGCUGCUCAUCACUUUGGAGUCUCCUUUGCCGUACUUCUAGUUUUAUGAUGCAUUGAUAAGUUAGGACUGUAAGCCGUCCAGUUUGGCCAUGCUGCUGUAACAGUGCAGACUGUGAUUCAACGUUGUCUUUGUGAAAUAUGCAAGGCCUCCUGUGAAAAGACGCUGUCUAGUCGGCAGCAUAUGAUGCUCUUUUUCCUUUACAUCGUUCAGUAUUUAUGACGCCGUCCCUGACAUGCAAGCUAAACAUGAUAUGUGCACUUACGUAUUCCCAAACCACUGAAGAUGCUGGUUUUUUGAGGGGUGAGUUUACAACAAGACAGAUGGUCCCUCGACUCUCUAAAGCUGAGGACGUCAAAGAUUUCCAAAAAGAGUGAUAAAUUUCUGUUUAAGAGACCUCAGGACCGUUUUUUAUGUCACGUCAGUCCAUCUUAACUGGGCCAAAAGAAGAAACUGGCAUUUCCAGAUCAUAUUUAUAGAUAGUUUCCUCUUUGAAUAUUUUAGUUUUAAAGUGAUUUUUGUGGCAGCAGUAACAGACUUUGCUGACAGGCAGUGUUUUUUCUCUGAAAGGGGAUUUUGAGUACAGUCAACUAGUACUGUUUUUGUCCUUCAGCACAAAGAUUUCACUCAUUUUUUUAACGUAAUUUAUCUGUUAUAUUUCUGAUGACCUUAGCAAUACUGACAGGUCAACAAUUCCAGAAAAUUACUCUGAAAUUGUGGAGCUGAAUACUUAUUCACAUUGCAAGUUUUUUCACAUUAUCUAAAAAUGAUCCCUUUUUUUUCUGAGCCUAAGACACAAGAUAAAUUUUCCAGUUGCUUAAUGUUAUAACUUUCUUUAAUCUCUUGUCACCUGCAAGUGUGAUAUUGUCUGAUAUGCACAACUAUUAAAUUGCUAAUAUUAUAUUGCAUCUCUGAUACGGACAAUACAAAAAAUACAGUGUACUCAAGGUUAAAUGUGCAAGUCACACUUUAUGCUUAGAAUUUAAUGUUCUUUGAACCUUGUGCCUAAAUAAUUUCUGUUCAUACUGUAAUCAUUUUCGAGCUGACAUCGUAGUAACUUGGCUCUUGUGUUUUUAUAUUCAAACAGCAACACUAAAUUUAUGUUGGUCUGCGUGUAAAAAUAUGCACAUGCAGACCACUUUGCUGACAGAUUUGCUUUCAAAACGGAAAGCAGCUGACACUAUAGAUGUUGUGGUCUGAGAAACUGUGAACCAAGGUACAUAAUUAAGUUCUAAAAAUAUACUUAAUUCACAGAAGCGCGCAUGAACCUGCAGCCACAGGAUCCUAACUGAACAACUGAACAUGUCAAACUUUUGCCUUCUACUUAGAAAGCAGAAGCAAACUCACUUUGUCUCUAUUUUCUAUUAAAAGGCGUCAGAGGCUGACCUGAAUUAUGCCUCACUGGAUCUGAGGCUGGCAAAGAAACAGAAGAAGAGGCUUCGCCAUCAGCAGCAGGGACGGAACAGUCUUCAAGACCAGCUGCCGGUCAAUCCUGCGAAUGCUUUCCUGGAGGUGGAAGUGGACAUGGACGCUCACCUUCCAUCUAGAGACACCGCCACCAUGGUGUCACACAGCAGCAUCUACCUGAACAGUCAACAGAUAGCACAAGAGGCGGAGGAGAUGGAGAGAGAAAGGGAGAUAAGCAUGGAAGGAGAGAACGCCAGUUGGGAGGGUGUAAGAAGUGAUGAAGAAGGGAGGAAUACAGUGUGGAAAGGAGAGGAAGAAAAUGAGGAAAGGAUAGAUUUUAGUAAUGGAAAUUGUUGUAAUGGAAAUGCCUCCACGGCUUUUGGGGGCAGUCACAUAAAUAAUUUCGAUGGCAGCUUUGUUCACGAAAGUGUCCAACAAGAAUAGCUGAAAACAAUCGAGCCACCAGACAAAGCAAAUGAAAGCUGCUUCUGUUUCUGUCUGCAAAGAUUUUAUCUCCAGUAUUCAACGAACUCUGUACACUUGAGCAAUUUCCUCUCUGAUGUGAACUAACAACCUUAUGAUCUCUACAUAUUGAGCAACAAAGGUGCACCUUUAUGUGCAGAGGCUGAAGAAACGUAGCGGACUAAGAGAGAAAGGGAAACUCAGUGUGUGUGAGUGACAUUUAGAGGGUAGAGGCCACAUGGAAAUUUUCGAUUUAUUGCGAAAGAAGAGGAAAACAUAAAAUCAUCACAGGACAUGGAAGAGCCUUCCAUGUUUGAUGUCUCAAAACAAAAUGUGUCAAGGAAAUAAACCCUACGUUAGUUUUCCAUCCUGUAGGUAAAGGCCAAGCCAAAAACGUAAAGCUCAGUAAGUUUAAAAAAAGGACUGGUAGGUAAUAUCAUGUGUAAGAAAGUAAAGCGGGGAAAGCUAUGCGUGGGAUAUUAGCAAUAAUACAAAUCCUCCUGUAGUAGUAUUAUGUAAAUAUCACCCACAGAGGAUUUUCCACAUCAGAUUAAAGAUAACAUUUUAAUCUAUUGCGAUGGUGAGCUUGAAAAACGAAAACACACCUCGGCUGCCUCAGAAACUUAAUUUACUGAUUAAAAACAAAACUUCACUGCUAAACAGAGUCAGACACAAAUGAAACCACAUCUACUGUAAUAUAUUACAUGCACAUAACCACAUAUCAUAACCUUUACACACAUUUGACCCAGAAUACAACAGAAAAAAAAGGUAGAAUAAGAUCUACCAUAGUGCAAUUCCAUAACUUAUAAAGCUUGAAUAAACAUUAUUUUAAUGAUCGAGUUUGUUCAUGAAAUACUUUGGAUUCAUCGUUUUGAUUCUCUUCUCUGUAAUACUAGUCUGGGAGAAUUUAACCCCUACCUCUGUAGCUACUGGGGGAGCUGAGCUCUAAAGUGCAGUCAGAGGGGAGCAGCACUCUUACCAUCAGCUGACAGUUUUCCAAUAGUUGUCCAUGGCCUACUUCCUGUGUGGCUCCAUCUCUAGCUUCAGGCGACUUGGAUCAAACUGCUGCAAACACGCAAACAUACACAGCAUAAAAAAAGACAGGUAAUACCGGAAAGUAUCAGACACUCUCAAUACAGCAUGGACAGUUAAUCUUAGUUUUAAAUCUAGAGUGCUUUUUUUUUUUUACUCACACCAUCAUGUUAAGGUAACUUUAAUCUUAAGAGAAUUGAUAUCCAGAAUCUGGAAUGAGUGAGUGCCCUCCAUUAACAAUACUGCCAACAGUUUUUAUACGUAAUCUCAGUACACACAUUACAGUAUGCCAAACUGCUGAACUGUCUGCUCCUUAUGUGCUGGCUCUUGCUGUAAUAGAAAGUACGACUGUAUUUUCACCAAAACAGAAAUUAAGAGUUGUUUGUUAGGUUUAUUCUACUGCAAUGGCAAAUAAACAUGGGGGAAGGUUGACAUAUCUUUCUGUAAUUCUGCAUAGCUGAGUUUUCCUGUGUGGGUACAUGUGUUUGUGCAAGAAUUAAUACAAAAGUGUACCUUGUGUGUCUACAGCCAAUAUGAGGCUUCAUGUGUUUCAGUUACUUAAAUUAAUCUUGUUAUUCUGUCUUUUAUUGUGUAAUUUCCUGUUAUCGUCAUGUGCAGUUGAGCUGUAACAGUGGUAGCCUAUUUAAAAAAAGGCAGGCUGGUACUAAAAUAACUGCACAUGAGCUACCUUGUUAGUUUUUCCAUCUUCAAUUGUCCAGAUGUAAUAUAGUUUUGAAAAACAAGAUUGUAAACAAAUAUUUAUAAUAAAUUUCAAUUUAAUUUA